AUGGCUGAAUUAAAGUAUAUUGAGUUGAAGAAUGAUGUGAUAUCGUGGACUUUAUUCAUAUCAGGUCAAUUGUUUAGAUAUAUUCAAUUCACAACAAGUUAUUCAUUAAGCUUAAUUUAUAUACUUAUCAAACAGUUUUAUGGAAUUAUACUAUUUUCUUGCUUUCCAAUUGUUAAAAUAUUAUUUUUAACUAUCAAGACUAUAUGGUUAUGUCUAAGUUUUACAGUUUUCAUUAUUUUUGAACCAUUCAAUCUUUUCAUAAGGAUAAUUGAAUUUAAUGUUAGGAAAUUUAUUGAUUUUUGGCUAAGUUUAUUAUUCAAUACCAAAUUAGAAGAUAUUUUCACAAUAGAAUAUGGGAAAUUACAAUUCAAGAUAUUGGUUCAAUGGGUUAGAUUUAUUAAUGUUAUGAUUAUAACUGGUUUAAUCUUGGGGAUUUUAACAUAUUAUACAAGUGUGAGGAUAAUUUAUUGGAUGACACAAGUUGAAAAGAAAAAGAAGAAGGAAGCAGAGGAAGAAAAAGAUCAAGGAGGAAAUGUUAUUGAUGAUAGAAUAAGAGAGACUAUUUUCGGAACAUUUGAUAUUGAUAAAUUAGAAGAGGAGCAUCAAGAACAAGUUGUUGAUCAAGUUGAUAAAUUUUGGAGAGAUGAAGAAGUUGAAAGAACUAGAUUGUUUCAAGAUAUUAAUUCUACAUUGAAUGAUAGACAUGAAGAGGAUGAUGUUUAUAACUAUGAAAGUUUGAAUUCAUUGAAGCCACAAGGGAUUAAUGAGAGUACAAGAUCCAGAGCAGGGCAGUUAUUUGAUUCAAUGGGGCGUGAAUCUAUUGAUAGUAACCAGGGAACAGGAACUACAAGUAUAUUUAGUCGGUUGAAUCUAACUCCUAUCACGACUAUUGAAGAGGAGGAAGAGGAACAAUACAAAUGA